CGCUGCUGAAGGAGGGCGCUCUGCAGGGGAGGGGUGGGGGCCCAGCAGCUUCUGCACACCCCUGCUCCCCCCCCACCACCACCGCAGCUUCCGGCACAGAAGGCUCAGCACCGGCGCUUGGCCAGAAUCUCGGCUCCCUCAUCUCGUCCACUGUAACAUGCAGCGGUGAGAGGCUCCACUCAGCCAUGGACACCAUCGCCGAGGAAUUUCUGGAGGGCAAGGAUGGCGACGAGGGAGAGCCCAGUUUUGUCCCAAGAGAGAGGUCGUAUACCUCGGGGUCUCUGUCGGAUCUGGGGAAAAAGCGUAAGCAAGAGACGGCGAUCGAUGAGAGUAUGGAUGAGUUGAGUCCAGAGACAGAGAAGGAGCCGAGCAAUAAACGGGUAAAGCCAGUGUCAAGAUUGAAACGAUUCAGUCAGUCCUUCCAGCGCCUGAGUUUCCGCAUGGACCCGCGGUCCCCGCUGUCCCUCUCGUCUCGGCCUGGUUCCAGGGGCUCGGCAGCCUCCAACGCAUCCCGGGACAACAGGCUGUGGAGUGAGACCUUUGACUGUGGUGGCGACGGGCUCACUGCCGGCGAGGUCAAACGGCAGGAGGCAAUCUUUGAACUGAUGCAGGGGGAGCAGUCACUCAUCGCUGACCUGAACACCACCAAGAAGGCUUACUACGAGCCCAUGCUCAAAUUGUGCAUCAUGUCUGAGGAGGAGCUGACCCAGAUCUUCGGUAGCCUCUACUCACUUAUCCCCUUACAUGAAGACCUUCUCAGUCGCCUGGAAGAGGUGAGGAACGCGGACGGCACGGUGAGAGAGGUGGGCCGCACGCUUCUUGACUGGCUACCCUCGCUGGCCGCCUACGAGACGUACUGCUGUAACCAGGUGGAGGCGAAGGCGGUGCUGGACGCCAAGCGGCGGGAACAGCGGGUGGACGAGUUUCUGCAGCUCUGCCAGCAGUCGGCCUUCAGCCGCAAGCUUGACCUCUGGAGCUUCCUGGACCUGCCCCGGAGCCGCCUGGUUAAGUACCCGCUGCUGCUGCGGGAGAUCAGUCGGUACACCCCACCCGAGCACACCGACCACGCUCUACUCCACCAGGCUAUGGAGCUGAGCCAGAGGAUCGUGGCGCAGAUUGACGAGCGGACAGGCGAGUCAGAGUGUCGCUUCUACUGGCAGCGGCUGCGGUACCUGCCCGACGCCCAGCCCGAGGCCGAGGUGCAGCGAUCCCGCCGCCUCUGGUGUCACGGAGAACUGAGGAACAACAAGGGUGCCAAGCUGCGGGUGUUCCUGUUCGAGCGAGCGCUGGUGGUGACGAGGCCGGUAAGCCAAGCUCAGGGGCUUUGCUACCAGGUUUACCGAACACCCAUCCCCGUUGGGCAGCUGGUGCUCGAGGACCUUCCGGACGGAGAAACACGGAUCGGCGGCUCAAUCCGAGGGGCCUUUGGCAGCACCACUGAGAGAGCCAGGAACGUUUUUCGGGUGAGCUUCCGGGACCGGUCCCGUGGACAAGCCCACACCCUCCAGGCCAGCGACAGCUUCAACAAGCAGCAGUGGGUCUCCUCUAUCCGUCAGGCCAUCAUCAACUGCCGGGACAGCUCGCAGGACCAGGGGGAGCAGCUGGAGCUCCCCGCGCCCCCGCUACAACAGAUCGCCGCCCUCACCAUUGACAGCGAGGAGCCCACACAGCCGAUGGACACGGCGAGGCAGCAGGCUGUAUGACACAGGGCAUGACACGCUGCUGCUUACACACUGGACAGACUGAACUGCCUCACUCACACAACGGUUUCAAACAUUUACUGUUUACUUUGCUGCACUUUGUGUUCAGAAUUAAAUGUGAAAGAUUCUGCCUUGCACAACGUCCCAGGUUCAACUCAGUCUGCACCGUCCAAUCACAC